GAGUCAUCUACUAUGUCAGCAAGGGAUGUGCAUCAUGGGGCACAGACACAGCUCUCUCGGUGCGGGUUGCUUUCUGACGCAUCAGUGAGUGUGCACAGACGGUCUCAUAUACGAUUCAGUGAUCCAGACAAGCGGUCACCCAGCCGCACUUGUGGGCGAGCUGAUACACGGAUUAAUGGAACUGGUACGAACUUAGCCAGGUACAACUGUGGACCUCCGACACUGCUUGUGAUAACUGCCUUGGGGCAAGGUAUUACGGCGCGGGCAAGUCACAAAGAACAACCAAGGAUCUCUAUGGGUGGUAUCGACCUGACCGGGACUACAGCAGGGCUUCAAGACACGGCGGCAAAUGAUGCGAGUUCGCCUCGCAAAGCUAGUGCAGUCAGAGAGUCGAUUAACCAGACUCGUCUCGACACCCAGUCCAUGGUACCGAGGAUUAGACGAUCCAAGGCAAGAUACAAACACAUCACUGCACACGCGGGUAUCGGCAAACCGACUGCGGUGCCAAAGAUAAGUCGUGCCAAAGCUUUGUAUAAAUUUGGCUCCACCGGACGUUCGAGACGCCAGGCGUGUGGUGUUGAGAGCCCUCACCUACCAGAACUGUGUGGCGGGGUGAGCAGCAAGUAUGACUGUGCAGCCAACAUCAACGUGAAGGAGAGGAAGGGUUCCGAGAUACAAAACUUGGGAGUGGCGAUAGAUAAGGAGGCUACCUCCGCCUGUUUGAUUGGCACGCGACGUGUACUGGCAGGUGAGAUGCAAAAGAACAUGUCAGUGUAUAUUAAUCAGCGUAAGAGAUGUAAAAGGCUGUAUACACGGGGUGCAGCGAAUUCACAGAUCGAGGUGGGGAACAAGGUUGAACGCAACAAUUCCGGCCCCAAGGGCUGUUCGGAUUCGAAUGUCUGUGCUAGUUGGCACAAAAUCAAGUCUGAUUCUCGUACCAGUACUUCCGAGUGUGACAAUGAAACCUUGACAACACAAGACGCAGAAGUGCAGGCCAGAAUAUCCGACCCAAAGGCGAGAAAGAGAAAACACGGACGGGACACGCCUGAGAUAGAGAACCCGACGGGAACUUUGAUGAGCUCUGGUGACAAGUGCCAAUUAUUACAUACAGAACAAUUAGAGUCCUCCAGUACAAAUCUAAUCUGCCAGCGCGCUACAACAAGAAACACAGACGACCGUUGUAAGGUGUCGGCUGAUGUGCGGGUUGGUGUACUUGUGAGCGAGGGAACUGCCGAGACAAACACCGAACUCUCUCAUCCUCCCGCAGAACCGAGAUCUACCGGUCCUGCCGACUUUCACAUGAAGCCGAAAAUACCUCUGGCAAUGGUCACCGAGCUAGGUACCGAUGCGAUGCCUGAGAAGGGGGGUGGUGUCCAGGACUGCGGUUUUAGCCCCGAUAUUCUAACCCCCCCCUUACUUCCAGAAACAACAGUACCGACGGAGCCUGGUCUACAAAUACCUAUCGGUAUAACGCAGAGAGGUUCGUUGCGUGAAGGCUGCACUAGAUCUGGCAUGGUGUCUGACACAGUGUCUAACACAGUCUCUGACACAGUGUAUGACAUGCUGUCUGACACAGCGUCUGACAUGCUGUCUGACACAGCGUCUGACAUGCUGUCUGACACAGUGUCUGACAUUAUGCCUGUCACAGUGUUUGAGGUAGGGUCUGAGAUAGUGUCGGACACAGUCUCUGGUUCACUACAUGCUGGUGGUGGGGUCACUACAUGUGCAUGGUCAGGGUGUGGGUUGUCUGUCAACGACAGCGAUGCACUGAGGACUCAUCUGAGUUGUCACACCGGUAAGUUGACGGUCGACUGUAUUGCUCCUGGGUGUCCCAGAGUGUAUACGCAUACCAAUUCUCUCCGGAAGCAUGUGAAGGAGUCACAUUACAGGACCAGGCCGUUCGCAUGCCCGUGGAACGAUUGCAAUUUACUGUUUAAUAUUUUAGGUAAACUUAUCGCUCAUACACGAGAACACACUGGCGAGAGUGCGUUUGCUUGUUCGUGGGUAGGCUGUAACGCGAUGGAGCGGAGUGCAAAAAAUCUAGUACAACAUGUGAGUACUCACUGCGGAAUCCUCCUAUACAUGUGCACACACAAGUUCUGCAAUGAGGGAUUCAUUAGCGAACAGUUAUUAGCCAAACAUAGUGCUAAGCACAGUGCUGUACUUUCUUGCGAGUGGGAAGGUUGUGAGGUCAAGCUGCGGUAUGAGAGUCACCGUACAGUGCAUAUGAGGGUUCAUACUGGUGAGCGCCCGUACGAGUGCGCGUGGGAGGGGUGUGGUAAGAGCUUUCCAAGAAAGACCGACCUGACAGGACACAUGUGGACGCACUCAGAGGCUCCUGGCGUGUCACGGGACAGAGAAAUCGGACCAUUACGCUCUUUAACACACUCGGGUGGUACGCUUUCAAGUAACGGUAUGAGUGCGGGGUCACUUCAGACCCCAACAGCCAGCAUACCAGCGUUGCAGAUCAAAGAGGAGCAUAUAGUGGAGAUUUUAGGGACAAACUCGAAUAGUCGCGAAGGUAUAGCGGAAGGUUCGGAGGGAUCCGUAAAAAAGCGCGAGAAUGUGGAGGAUGAACUUGAGAGUACUUUGGCCAAUUGCGAGACUUUGAAAGACACGCCGCAGAGCAUAACAGACCGUAUGCCCAGCACAGUGACAGCUAAUAACGUGCACUCGAGUGGCAGUACCCACUCUGCUGCCGAGGUGUUUUUGUGUGCGUGGGAGAGGUGUGCCGCGCGUGUGAGUGAUAGGCAUACGCUUCAACGCCAUAUGACUGAGCAUGUAAACGACCUGUGCCCCUUCCAGGCCUGUGCGUGGGCUUCGUCUCCGUCUGACUUAGCUGUGCAUGUUGCUUCGCACCUGCACCUGCAGCAUGGCAAGUACAGGUGUGAUCACAGCGGAUGUGCAUACGCCUCCACUAACUGUAGCAGGCUUGUUUCCCAUGUACGUACGCAUACGGAGGGUUAUCACUUUGGCUGUUCCUGGGAUGGCUGUGAGUAUAGAUCGCUCAGCAAAGCUUUCGUUGUAAAGCACAUGGUCUAUCUACACAGUGACACACAGCCGUACAUAUGCCCUACCGAGAAUUGCAAUAGAAAGUUUGCUACCAAAUUAGGCGUGAGCAGGCAUAUGCGGGCUCAUCUCGUGCAUGUAGCAUCUGGCGACGACAGAUUGGAUUCCUCAAAAGCCAAGCUCGUUUGUGUAUAUGAGAACUGCGGUGUGACUGUGUCCGAUGGAGACGCCUUACGGAAACAUCUACCUCUCCACGUGAUGGAUCUGCCUGUCACGUGCCCGUACACAGACUGUGUUUCGGUGUUCCCAUCCGUAAUCGAUCUGAACAUGCACGCCAGGAGACACUACCACCACAACAAACCGCUGGCCUGCACCUGGACUCAUUGUGGUCUGACAGUCGCCAGUGGUGAUAUUAUAGGCACGUUCCUGACUCAUAUGCGCACUCACACGGGGGAAAAGCCCUUUGCAUGCACGUGGAAAGACUGCGACAAGACCAGCAUGACGUGCACUGAGAGCGUACGGCAUAUGAUGCACAAGCACAGUGGCGUGUUGCCGUUUGCGUGCUCUGUGUGGGGCUGCCAUAAACGGUAUGCACUGAAAAACGACCUGCGCCAACACGUGAUGUCACACAGCAAUAACUACGUGUGCACGUGGAACGGCUGCGGGAAGAACUUCAGUUUUAAGACUAGUUUUACGCGGCAUUAUAAGACCCACAGGAGUGAUGGGCUGGGCAUUGUGUAUGUCCAAGCGCAGCUUGCCCACGCCAACUGAUAGCUUUACCGCACCGCAUAUGUGCAAUGUACACGUAGAUUAAGUCGACACUAAAAGC